AUAGUUACUUAAUAACCGCAACUUAUUUGAUUAAUUGUAACAAUGUGACACACGUGUUUAGAUGUCAUAGAAACAUAAAGGCUUGUUUUAUUUUAAUACUAAAAAAUGUUAACGUACUUAUUAGAAACUUAAUAUAUAUAAUAUUUUUUAGGUAUGGUGAUGCCGUGGUUGGCCCAAGUGCGAUGUGUGCACUUGGCAGUGUUUGCUGUAGCGAUGAUACCCAUUUUUGCAUGUCUAUCGUAUCUCAGUACGAAUCAGCUACAACCAACGGCAGUGCCGCUACGUACCUAUGAAGUAAAACUAGUCCAAAGUAAUCAAAAUGUGAGCCAAUUAGAACCAGAAAGGCAGCUGUCAUUGGUUAUUCCAUCGAAUCCUGUCACAAAUGCAACCAGUAAUUCAAAUCAAGGGCCAGAUCUCACAAAGGGUGUAGCAGCUGAAAAAAUUUACGAAGCUGGGCAUAUGCAUCACGAUUCUGAGAUAUGUCCAAAUAUGGGUGAAAAUGUGAAGUUGCUGAUAGCGAUCACUUCAGCUCCUAGUCAUGAAAGUGCCAGACUCGCUGUCCGGGAGACCUGGGGUCAUUUUGCGAUAAGAAAAGACAUAGUUGUAGCUUUUAUGUUAGGUGCCACUUCGAAUCAAACUGUAAAUACUCGAAUAGAAGCUGAGCAAGAAAUAUAUGGUGAUAUUAUCAGAGGAAAAUUUGUAGAUACAUAUGACAAUCUAACUCUUAAGACUAUCUCAAUGCUCGAAUGGGUUGAUAAUUUUUGCUCCCGAGCUCAGUUUGUACUUAAGACAGAUGAUGAUAUGUUUAUCAACGUUUCGAGACUUUUAGCGUUUAUAGCAAGGCAUAAGCCUGAAGAAAGGGUGAUUUAUGGUCGACUGGCCAGAAAGUGGAAGCCAAUUAGGAGUAAAAAAUCUAAAUAUUAUAUAUCUCUUCAACAGUAUAAACCUCCUGUUUUUCCUGAUUUUACAACGGGACCAGCUUAUCUGUUUCCAGCUCAAAUAGCCAAGGAACUGUACGUAGCUUCUUUAAAUUAUACUUAUUUUAAGCUUGAAGAUGUUUUUGUCACAGGAAUAGUGGCAAAUGGACUGAAGAUCAAACGUGUACACGUACCAGAAUUCAUAAACAAGCGCGUGAAAUUUACAUCGUGCAACGUGCAAAAAGAAAUCAGUAUACAUAUGGUAAAGGGUGUUGAACAAUAUGAUUUAUGGAAAAAAUUACAUGAUGUGACACAGUGCAAGAAGUAAAUGUGUGUGAACCAAGAACUAUUGUGUAAUUUUUAAUGACACUGAACUAAAAUUAUUUUGUGUAAAACGUAAUACUCGAAUUGAUAAGAACAAAUGCAUCACAUCAAAAAUUAAAAUUUUAUUAUUUUGUACCCAGUUAUAAAAGAGUGUAUUAUAAUUGUUAUGUAUAUACUAGUUCAUUCAAUGAAAUUGAUUAUUUAUAAUUAAAAAAAUGUAUAUUUGUACAAUAUACAGUCGUAAACAAUUUA